ACACCACAGAAGAAGCCGAAAAGCAUCAACAGGAAGUUCUUUGUUACCAUCCUCUAUCUAGUUUACAAACUAAAAUAAAUUCCACAGGAUCGUUCUGAUGUAAAAUUUGUCUCCAUUUAAAUCCAGUUUUGAUAUUUAAAAGGAAGUUUGAUUGCGCUGGUCUAGCUUUUCUUUAUCUGAACGCCGUGACAAAGAGAGUAACUCUAGCGUACACAUUCACAUUCACUUUCAUUUUUUUUUUUUUUAAGAAAGAAUCGCUUCCAAGAUGGAUCGGGACAGAGCUAGCCCGUCCCCCUCCAACCUGCCAGAGUCCCCUGGUCACAACUCUCCUGGUAGCGCCUUACUGCUGGGUCUGAAGAGGGUGUCUGUGCUGCUGGUCGACUGCAGGAAGACACCAGGGCAGAGUGGAACUGUGAGAGAAGGACACAAGGAGGGAGAUGGAGAUUUGAUUUCAUCAAGGGACACCACUAACUGUCGUUCUCUCAGUGGGAGGGGCUUAUCAUCUGGGGCGCUUCAACCACUUCAUGUUGCUGACAGGACAGAGAAGAGUCUCUCCAGAUCAGAACAUCUCAAGAAACACCAGCAGAGACGUACAGGGAAGAAACCUCACCACUGCUACUCUGAGUGUGGGAAGAGUUUCACAAGCCAGAGUGGCUUCAUUAUUCACACCGCAGAGAAACCAUACUGCUGCUCACAUUGUGGGAAGUGUUUCGCUGCUUCUAACACCUUCAAAUCUCAUCUGAGAAUUCAUAAAGGGGAGAGGCCUUACCCCUGCCUUGAUUGUGGGAAAAGAUUUUCUUAUUUGGGAGCCCUAAACAUACACCUGCGAACACACACAGGAGAGAAGCCUUAUAGCUGUGAUCAGUGUGGGAAGAGCUUCAGUCAAUCUGGGACCUUACAUUCACACCAGCGAACACAUACUGGAGAGAAACCUUAUAGCUGUGAUCGGUGUGGGAAGAGAUUUGCUCAGUCAAGAGAGCUGACUAGACACCUGCGAACACACACAGGGGAGAAGCCUUAUAGCUGUGAUCAGUGUGGGAAGAGCUUUGCUCUAUCAAAAGCCCUAACUAUACACCAGCGUAUACACACAGGAGAGAAGCCUUAUAGCUGUGGUCAGUGUGGGAAAAGCUUCAAUCAGUCAGGCAACCUGACAACACACAAGUUAACACACACUGGAGUGAAGCCUUAUAGCUGUGGUCAGUGUGGGAUGAGCUUUGCUCGAGCUUCCACCCUGAAUAGACACAAGCUAACACACACUGGAGUGAAGCCUUAUAGCUGUGAUCAGUGUGGGAAGAGCUUUGCUCUAUCAGAUAAACGAACUAUACACCAGAGAACACACACUGGAGAGAAGCCUUAUUGCUGUUAUCAGUGUGGAAAGAGCUUUGCUGUAGCUUCCACCCUGAUUAGACACUAUCGAAAACACACUGGAGAGAAGCCUUAUAGUUGUGAUCAGUGUGGGAAAAGCUUUGCUGUAGCUUCCAUCCUGAAUACACACCAGCGAACACACACUGGAGAGAAGCCUUAUAGCUGUGAUCAGUGUGGGAAGAGCUUUGCUAGAGCUUCCAACCUGAUUAGACACCACCGAACACACACUGCAGAGAAACAUUAGAUAGAUAUGCAGUACAGGUAAGCCCUGUUGAUAGCUGCGAACAAGCUGUGAUGGGUGUGUCAAAGAUCAGUGGUUGGCUAGCUAGGGGCUUCUAAAAAUGUACGUUAGCUAGAAAGCCACUGACACGUUGUGUGUAACGCACAUUACCUUCCUUACAGGUAAAAAGAAAAACAGCAUAGGACAGCAUAAUGACUGACAUUUCAUUAUUGACAAGUCCUUUGUGAGCUAGCCAGCUAGAUAACGUUAACUCGCCGUUCGUGUAGUCAGACUUGCUAACUUUAGUCCAGCACUAGGGCAAGAGUAGUUAGUUAGCUAGCAUGUCACCACGUAAAAAGUCUGACUACACGAAUGUUGAGCUAAUGUUAACUAACAUAGCUAGCUAGCUAAACAUUAGCUAAAUAUCCCUGCCCUGGUGGGCUAGCUAACAUGUCACCACUUGGAAAAGUGUGAUUACACAAACAGUGAGCUAACAUUAACUAGUUGGUGUAAUAAAUACCAUUUAAAAUAACACAAGCAUAUUGCUAUUACGUUGUUAUAACUAACUUCUUUCAAAACAGGGUUUCUCACAAACUCAUAAGCAGAUACUGAGACCCACACACACCCAGAGACAGAUGGCUGACACAAACCCCACACAAACACUGAUUAAAACAGGAAAGGCCUUGACCAACAGGGUGCCUGUGUCUGCAUUGCACGAGAUACUGAGACACACACACACACCCAAGGACAGAGGGCUGAGGCAAACCUUUCAUAAACACUGAUAAAACAGGAACAUCUACGCACACACAAAAUCUCCUGUUUUAGCUGAACAUUUUACAGAGACACACAGAUAUGUCAAAAUAGGAACAUCUACGCACACACCUAAACUCCUGUUUUAGCUGAACAUUUCUGAAGACAAAGAACUCUACUCAGAGCCAAUGGGACAGUGAUACUAGCCUGAAAGGGACCUCGCCCAACUCAUCAGGACCAACCAGAAGACCAGACCAGCCAGACUCAACCUACUUUAUUACCUGUAUAAAAUACAUUUGCACUAUGUUUCGGGGCUCUGUCUGCAGGUUCCUUACGAGCUGAAUGAACGAGUCCGUGCACGCUUGUACCAGAUAUCUUUACUCUGAAUAAACUGCCGCUUGUCAUACAAUCUA